GUUGUUCUACUUAGUUUAAGUGUCCCUCGCCAAAUUAGUGGUAGCGAUUGGUUUGUUUUAUUGUGCAAUGCCAAGAAACUUUGUCGUUACCCUAAAAGAUAAAAUCAAUGUUUUAGCUGUUUUCGUGGAAUAUAGUAUAAUGAUAAACUGUCCUCUUGUUAUGUGUUUAUACAUAUAAUUGUCAUAGGAGCACUACCCUAAUUCUUGGAGAAUUUAAAUUCCAAUCACUUGACCAUACCUUUGAAUUUCGUUUUAUUCAUCAUGGUUUUCGGAAACAAUCACACUUAAAUUAUGCCUCAAAGUCCAGCACAUAAUCCUGUAAUUAGGUUUAAUCAGAAUAGUGCUCUUCAAUUAUGUGGUCUAAUUUAUCUGCAUAAAUUUUCAUUUGAACUAGUGAAUUGACUUUUACAAUCAAUUAGUAAAAAAGCCUAUCCAUCACUUAUUUAGACGAUGCUUUUUCUGAAGAGACGGUUGUGUCAGAAAGAUCCCCCUACUUUUCUUAAUACAAGCGCCUGGGCAGUGUAUAUCAAAACCCGAUAAGUUCAAGUUUCCCAUAUAUAUCGACAUUUUUUUCCUAGGUGUCUCAUCCUGUCGAAAAUUCUACUGGAUUUAAUCUAUAUUAGGGACUAGACAAAAUCAUAAGCCGUGACUAAUUAAUACAUCUAGUCGAGUCCUUUGGAUCAUGGCUUACAGUCUGAAGACUUGAGUGAUGAAGUUUUUUAAACAACAUUAAGCAACUCAGUGCAACAGUUUCACUAACGAUGAUGAGUUUGUGCGCUUAGCUACCAUUUCGCAAUCCCGAAUUCACUUCGGUAAAGGCGACUACUACUAUUCUCUUCCAUGCCAUCCCGUUAACUAAAGUAAGCAGUCCAGUUUCGUAAUAGAAGCUUUGUAGAGUUAAAAAUACGAUUAAGUCGAUCAGUUAUAUAUUAAUUACAAUGACUACAUUUCACGAACUGAGUAAUUAACAACAGCACUAAUCAUAGUGAAACUGCAUUAAAAGUCCAUAAAGUCACGAAAAUUUGUUGAAAGUUUACUUAAACUCGCUGUAAAUCGAUACGGAUUUUCUUACUUAGAAGUUUUAUCAAGGUAUUCCACAUCCCCAAUAAAAAUAUUUGGACAUAAACCUUGACUAUUUGAUGGUUAGGAGUAGAUAAAAUUUAGUGUUGGUAAUUUAUUUCAGAUCGAUUCCAACCACUAUGUGAUCCCUAUACCAUUUUAUGCUUAAAAAGUAAUAGUUGGACUGAGUCAUGUUGGUAGAUCCAAACUACUUGAUUGGGGUCCGUGCCGCACCUACAAUCAACGAUUGGAGAUGUUUGACGACGCAGCUUUUUAUUCACUGAAUUUUUUUCACCUAGUUAUGCGUAUGUUCUGGUAACUUGGGAUAAUGUGCGUUUGUGCUGGCCCCUAUGUUUAUUAUGGCUGACUGUGUGGCCCGUUUGAGAUAGAUUCUAACUUCAGUAUGAACGAUGUUAUGAUUUAAAUAACCUCUAUCCCUACUUUUUGUCUUUAUUGUAGGCAACCAAGAGAAACUGAAAGAAUUAGUUCAGAUGUCAUGGUCAUUUAUUAAUGAUAGUUUAGCAACAACACUAUGUUUACAGUGGGAACCAGAAAUAGUUGCAUGCGCUGUCCUUUAUCUAGCCACACGUAUGAGUAAAUUUACAAUAGAAGAUUGGGAAGGUCGUCAACCAGGUCAACGUUGGUGGGAAUGUUUUGUUGAAGGUAUGAGUACUGAAGUUAUGGAAGAUAUAUGUCAUAAAAUUUUAGACUUAUACCCUGCUGAUGGGAAUACUGGUGAUGAACAAGUUGGAAGUAAUAUUAACACAUCUACAACUAAAAUAACAACGAAUAAUAUUAAUUGUAACAGUAACAGUAAUGUAACUACAGGUGAAUUACCAAUUCAUCAUGUAACACAUUCAGUAUCAUUCGAUUCAAACAAAUAUCAUGGAAUAAAUAGUAAAGCAGAGCCAUCUGCUAAAAAGGCAAGCAUUAAUGCGUUCGUCAGGGAAUAAUAUUUAUUCAUCAACUGUACACACUGGUCAUUCAAGUGGUAGCAGUAAUAAUAAUAAUAUUAAUGUUACUUCAUCGAUGAUGAAUAACAAUCCUGCAGUAAUGAAACAUGUUCCAUAUCCCUCACAUUAUCGUCUACCAGUUGGUGCAAUUGCUAACAAUAAUAAAACAACUGUCUAUAAAUGAUAUGAUGCUGAAAUAAGUAAGUGAUAUAUUAUUGUUUUCUAAAAGAAAGUUUGAUGGUAUUCAUAGAUUCUCCGCAUGUAACUGAUACCGUAACAACUUACUUAAUGAAUCUCAUUGAACUGCAACUCUGAUCUGAAGGUCACGUACUUACUUACGCCUGUUACCCCUCGUCGAGAAGCAAAGGUCGCCAACCUGCACUCUCCAUCCAUCCUUAUCCUGGGUAAUCCUUUCCAGUCCUUUCUAGUCACUAUUCAUUCUUUCCAUGUCUGCUUCCUAUUCCUGACGUAGAGUGUUCUUUGACCUUCCUAUUUUCCGUUUCCAUUCAGAAUUCCAAGUUAGGGUGUGCAUCGUGACACAGUUUGAUGAUUUUCUCAAUGUGUGUCCUAUCCACUUCCAACGUUUUUUUCUAAUUUCCUCUUUACCUGGAAGCUGGUUUGUUCUCUCCCACAGUAGGCUGUUAGUGAUGGUAUUGGCUAACAGAAAUUAAUUAUCUUGCGUAGACAAUUAAUUAUAAAUGCUUGUACCUUUCUGAUGAUGGUUCUCCACGUCUCAGCUGCGUACAGUAGGACUGUCUUGACGUUUGUAUUGAAGAUCGCGACUUUGAUGUUGACUGACAGUUUUUCCGAGUUCCAUAUGUUCUUCAAUUGUAAGAACGUCAUUCUUGAUUUACUAAUCCUUACAUUCACAUCUGCAUCUGAACCUCCUUGUUCAUCGAUGAGGCUUCUCAGGUACAUGAAAGAUUCCACAUCCAGAGUUUCUCCAUCAAGUGUGAUUGGGUUUGUGUUCUCUGUGUUGUACUUAAGAGUCUUGCUGUUUCCUGUGUGUAUGUUGAAGCCUAUUGAUGCAGAGGCUACUGAUACAUUAGUUGUCUUCAUCUGCAUUUGUUGAUGUGUAUUGGAUAGAAAGGCCAGGUCAUCUGCAAAGUUCAAAUCUUCUAAUUGAUUCCGAGCUGUCCAUUGUAUUCCAUGUUAUCCCUCAGAUGUCGAGGUCUUCAUAAUCCAGUCAACCACCAGAAGAAAGAUGAAUGGAGAGAGUCGGCAGCCUUGUUUGACUCUGGUCCUCACUUGGAAUGGGUCUGUCGGCUGUCCUCUAUGCACGACUUUCCAGUGUAGUCCGUUGUAUGAAUUCCGUGUGAUGUUGACGAUCUUCUCAGCUAUACCAUAGUGUCGAAGAAGUUUGCAUAAGGUUCUCCCUAUCCACACUUUCAAACGCUUUCUCAUAAUCAAUGAAGUUGAUGUAUAGUGACGACUUCCACUCAACUGACUGUUCGACGAUUAUCUAUAGUGUUGCGAUUUGGUUUAUGUACGACCGAUCCUUACGGAAUCCAGUCUGUUGAUCUCAUAGCUGAGCACCUACUGAAUCCCUCAUCCAGUUAAUCGACAAUCUGUUACAAGUGAUUCUUGCUGUUAAUUUAAUUUCAUGCAACCCAACAGUCACACAAAUGUUCAUAUUCUCGGCUUUCGACUACACCUUUUUUAUGUGCUAGGAUUAGUUGUAUUAAAAUGAAUGGAAAAUAUACUCUAAUGAUUCAGCUAAUCCUUCAUACAUGUUCAGAAUAAACAAUCAAUGUAAAGAUGUAAAUGAUAAAAAAUAUUUUACCAAUAGUCAGUAACUCCUAUUCAUCUCCAGUAGCGAAACUUUAUUGUCAGUUCAGGUGUCACAACUUUUUUCAUCCAUCAGAUAUUGAGCAGUACACGAAUUCCAAUACAUUCAUCUUUGUCUUUUUUUUUUACAAACGGUGGACUAUCAGGGGGAUAUACCAAUAAUUGAAGUAUUUCAUUUUGAGAUUUCCAGUAUAUCUCAUCACUAUAGGUUUUAAGGCUUUCGUAAUACCCUGUGAAUGCACUUAUAAUUUAUAUUCAUUCUUAGUUCAAAUAAAUCUAGAACAGACAGUAUGUCUAAGCAGGCUACUAGAUAAUGUAAAACCAAUAGAAAUAAUACAUCGUAAUCAAUUUUGAGUUACAUCAUCUAAUAUUUCAUCAUGAAGGCCUUAAUCAGAAUUCCUACUGUGAGGACGGUCCACGGGUGAACUUGAUAAAGUCCUAAGAUGUUCAGAAAGAGUUGGAGAUAUUCGAUCCAAUCAUUUCUUAGAAGAAUAUUCCAGAAUCCCUAUGUAUAUCUUCCCUAUUGGCUAAUAACCCCCUGUAUGCGGAUUGGAGGACUGUAAUGAUGAUUUGGCUUUUACUAAAAAUCAUGAAUACCUGACAGUUCUGUACCAUAAACGACACUGUUUAGAAUAGCAUUUCUUUCACUUGUGUUCUGUUUUCUCAUUUACCACUUGGAGGGUUCUGGCAUUCGAGUGUUCUAGUUGUACGUGGUAUAAUGAAAAACUGAGCUUCUAGAUAUAGCACCUACUAUUUUAAAUUGUUAUCAUAUCUCUUCAUAUUUGUCUAUCUAUGACAUUUUCUAUUUUGAUUCUUCUCAAAAACUCUUCAUUCCUAUUUCACAAUAAAUAAAUACCUAAAUUAUAUUUAUAAAUAAUCGGAAAAUCCUAUUGAAUGCAUAACAUUGCUAGAAAACAUUAACAUCGUUGGAUGCCGGCUCAGUGGUCUAAUGGUUAAGCGCCCACGUGCGAGACUGAUAGGUCCUGGGUCCUGAUCUCGUGAGGCGGGAUCAUGGAUGCGCACUGCUGAGGAGUUUCAUACUAGGAUGAAACGGCCGUUCAGUGCUUCCAGGUUUUCCAUGAUGGUCUACCUUCACUUGACUCACGAAUUAAACUAUUAAAUUAUUUAUAAAUUACAUAAAUAAAAUGAUUUUUUCUCUCAUAUUUUCAAAGUCAGUAUUUAUACUAUAUUUUAUUUUUUUCCCCUCAAAAUUACAGGCAUUCAUAUACACAACAAUAAUUUAUUAUAUAAAUCAUAUGGUAAAGCUUACUUUAUUUAUUGUUUGCAUUCAGUGCCUGAAAAGUAUUCGAUCUAGAUCAACUUUGGAUCAACAAUUUUUUUUAAAAAAUGUAACUGAUGUAUUCUAGCAUUCAGGUUUUUCUGUAUAUAUAAAUUAUAUAUCUAAAUAAAUAUAUAUUUAUAUCUGUGAUGAGAAACCUAAUUUUUUUCUUGGAAUUAACGUUUACUGUGUACCUGUUUUUUUCUUCUCUUUUCCCUUUCAUUAACAUCAAGAGUAUUUUCAUUGUAUCACAUUCUUCUCCAUAUGAAUUCGGUUAAAAAUAAGAACUAUACUUUUCACUAAUGAAUACAAUAACUAACAAUAGUUUUUGUUUGAUAAAACAUGAUUAUUCCUUAGAAGAUACUAAUAAUCGAUAGUUGUUCUAUCGUGUUUAUUCAGUAGCUUAAAUGUGAUUAGAUACUUUCAGUUUAUCUGUUCGUGAUACCUUUCAUAGUGACUAUCAAUAAUGAUCAUGACUUCAUUUGAAUGUCAGUUAUCGAUUUGCACAUCGUUUUUUACUCCCUUCCCCAUAUAUCGGGUGAUAUAUCUAAGUCUUAUACAAAAACCUACUCAUUUGAGCCGAAUAUAAAAUUAUACGUAGCUACUUAGUUAUAUUAAAUGUAUUAACAUUUUGGUUAGAAUGUGUUCCUUUAUCUGCGUGGUUGAAUUGUGAAGCCUUCAUUGGGGUUCUGAACUACAUCGUCG